GGCCUUUCCACCACUGGCAAGUUCAAGCCCAUCUGCGUGAAGGCGCGCACAGAGGCCUACACCAUCGAUUCCCUGAUUGCGAGGGCGGAGAACUACAGGAAGACGCAAGCGGAGAUCGAGCGGAGGGCCAAAGAGGCCGAGGAUGCGGCUGUUGCUGCCAGUGGCGAGAGCCCGUUCGGCGGCAGCCCUUCGCCCGCGGCUCCGCAGCAGGGCGCGCUUGCAGCGGGGUCUGGGCCGCAGCUCAAUCCUGCGGCGAUGGCUUGCUCGCGGUCCGUCGUCGCCCCCUCCGAGUGCAGGCCGCCGAGGACGCCUGGCGCGAGGCCCCGCGGAGGCGCCAGAUCCGUCAUGUCCGAUGCCAAGAAGUCCGAGGUGGAGGAGCUCGUGGAUAGGCGCAUUUCAGCUCUGGACACGAGCAGGUGCUGGUCGGGCGCGGCCAUGGGCCGCGAGCUUCGCUGGGCCAGGGAGUCGCACGAGGGCAUCAUGGAGGCCAGCCCCACCCCAGAGGACUCGGAGACCGCUGACAAGCUGAAGGAGCACAUCUCGGUGUGCGAUGCGAUCUGCGGGAUCGUCGAGAAGCCCCUUCGAGAGAUCCCGAAGAGCAAGCUCGACAGCUUCCUGAAUACCCUGGAGAAGUACAACGAGGACAUGCCGAGCAAGUGGAAGUUGGAUAACUUGAAGGUGGGCGACCUCUUGAAGAAGCCUGACAUGUGCAUGCAUGAUUUCUUAUAUAUGAUUGCGCCGUGGGAGGUCCAGCACGCCGAGGGCAAUGGGAGCCUCACGUACAGGCCGACGUACCCCAGGGUGAUCACGUUGGACGGCAGCCAGGCGGACAAUAUCAGCCAGCGCGACGCGUUCUUCACCGAGGCGCUGAACCAUCACAUCCAUGCUGGCGAAGGCGGCCGAUCCCAACUUGUUCAGUUCUGCACCUCCUGCCUCGACUGGAUCGACAACAAUUGCCCCGAGGAUGAGGCCUUCGACGAUGUCGUCAACACGAUGGCGCAGUGCUUGAAGGCUCUCCUGUGCAUUGCCAGCCCAGACAAUAUUGCCCACCACGAUUCCAUAACUAAAAUAGGGGAGGCCAAGUCGCAGUGCCCUGGGCAAGCGUGCCUCCGCCACCUGAACUUGUCGGUGAAGCGCUCGGAGUUCUACACCAGCCUCAGGGCCGUGCGAGAUGAGUGCACGCAGUACCACACCAAGACGCAGGAGCACUGGCCCGAAGUUUGCAGCCUGCUCAGCAAGAUGGAGCAGUGCGAGACCGUAGCGGAGUUUGUGCAGUCGGGUAACAUGGCGAUCGCUCUGAAUAAGGUGGCCAUGUUCGCCAUGUAUUGUCGGCCAGGCUCAAUCGACGGCUUCAAGUCUAAGCUGACGGCGCUGUUCGAGAAGUACCUCGCCGACCUGCCGCAGGGCGACCCGUCCAAUGACCCGAAUGGCAAGGCUCUGACCGCGAGGCUGGCCGAGACAAAGGCGUUGGUGACUGCAGCGAAGAUUGGCUUGCCAGAGAAACAUUCCGUGUGGGCGAAGGCCUUGUCGGAUAUCCAGAAGCAGGAGUCCUCCGUGAACAAGUUCAACGCCAGCCAGGGCCUCGGGCAGCUCGCGUCGGCCUUGAAUGCAGACGCAUUGGCAGAUGAUGCGACGCGUCUCAGCGUCAUUCCCGUGAUCGAAUCUGUCUUGGCCGCGGGUGGCAGGGGCGUUGAGGCCCAUAGAGGGAGCGGCGCUGCCAUCUUCCAGCACGUCCUCGACGGCAUCGCCAUGAAUUGCACCCAGCCUGACCAUGCGGAAUCCUACUGUGACAUCCUCCUGAAGCUCGCAGAGGCGGAGUGGCUGACCGACGCCUCGGGUACAAAGCUGAAGGCUGCGACCGACAUGAUCAAGAACUGGGCACCGCUCAACACCCACGUCGCGUGCUGGGAUGGCCUGGCGUCCGACGGCAUGAUCGCAACGCUCAAGGCCAUCAAGUCAGCUGGCAUGGUCUCGGGCAUGGGCGGCUUGGAGACUGACGCGACUAACGCUGGCCAGAAGACCGAGACGGCGAGCUUGGUGGCUAAGACGUCUACCAUCAGGGUGCUCUCUGAGAAGACGAACGUUCUCAGGCCGAUCAGCCGUGGCGGCGACGACAAGGGCGACCCGUGGGACUGCGGGAUGCCCGACGGCAAUGGGGGGAUUGAGGAGGUCUUGGAGCGCGCCUUCGAGACCAUCAUGCUGAUCGACGGCUCGGCCUACCAGGAGAAGACCGACGCGGUGCAGCAUGCCUUCGAGGAGGCGCUGGAGCGGUCCGAGGUCUUCGAGUACCAGGUUGAUACCAGCGUCAUCGGCGACACGAACAAGGCGCUCUGGAACGCCAUGGCCACCAAGUACACGGCCCUGCUCAUCCACACCUACAAGGAGAACUCAAGCAACCCGCCCAAGUUGCGCCGCGAGAUCAACAACUACAGGAAGCAGAUCAAGGAGCAGUCGGGCGUCGAGAAGGCGAUGCGCCAGGACGUCAUGGAGUGGGCGUCGAAGAUGUGCUCCCUCAAGGGCUGA